CGGCACUGCUUGUUUGCGCGGCUACCAACCGCUCCUACGUUCGGCGCCGCGUCAGUACAUGUGGCCUCACCGCAGCGUGCGGAUUACCUCUCCUCGAAGGCGAUUCUGAAAAGUUCUCACCGCUUACCACGAGAAAUCAUCUUUGCUCCGAAAAUUCGAAUCAAAGGCGAGGAUCAGUCAGGAUCAUGCCAGCGGACGCCGAGCUCAGCAGCCUACUCAGCAGACGGCAAAGGAUCAACGAUGAACUCGAAGAGGGCAAAGAGGUGAAGAAGCAAUAUAAGUUUGUGAACGUUUACACAGAAUUCCAUGAGCUGUCGCGCCGCGAAAUCAAGCAGUACGAGCAGACCUUCAACAGAUUCGAUGAUGGACACGACGGCUAUCUCGAUCUCUCCGAACUGAAACGAAUGAUGGAGGUUUUGGGCGCACCACAAACACAUCUUGGACUCAAGGCGAUGAUCCAAGAGGUCGACGAGGACGGCGACGGCCGCAUAUCUUUCCGUGAGUUUUUGCUGAUUUAUCGGAAAGCGCGCGCUGGUGAGUUAGAACAAGAUUCCGGAUUAAGCCAACUGGCUAGACUCACCGAAGUUGAUGUCGACGAAGUCGGCGUUACAGGAGCUAAAAACUUCUUCGAAGCUAAGAUCGAGCAACUCCGAAAGUCUUCAAAAUUCGAAGACGAGAUUCGCAUGGAACAGGAGGAACGAAAGCGAGAGGAGGAAGAAAAAGCAGCGCGGCGGGAGCAAUUCCGACAGAAAGCUGCGAUCUUCGGCAAAUAAUUGAUGAGCGAAAAUAGUCGGCUCGACGACUUGUGUUGUUAGAAUGCGUUAGACAGAUUGCCUUGGAUUGUUUAAGUUUAUUUCCGAUGCUCGUAGCCGUCGCGAUAUCGACGUCGCCAACGAACGGCUCUAUAAAGCAUUAAAUGCGUUCCAAAGCGUUGUGAAAUCGUGACUCGAUCGCGACGGCAAUUGUUAGGAGAAUUCGAAGCGAGGAUUGAAACCGCGACAUAAUUUUCAAUUGAGUUCAAUUUUCUGUAUCUAUUAGCGCUCGCAGGAAACAUUUUACUCCGAUCGUUUUGUUUUCUUUUUUAUUCAAUAUAAAUGGAUUACUUAUAUACGUCAAAACCUGAACUCAAAAAAUUAUAACGAUUUUGGUCUUUGAUUUGAAGACUGUUGAAUUUUUGUAGUAUGCGUAUUUUGGAUGUAAUGAAUGCUUAAAUUUUGUCUUCGAAGCGAAA